CGGCGGGAGCCGGCAGGGUUGGUGGAUGUAUGUCCGCCGCUCCGGAGAUGGCUUCGGCGGGAGGCGGCGGCUCCGAGAGCGCCGCGCCCGAGGCCGAUCGUCCCCAGCCGCGGCCCUUCCUCAUCGGCGUGAGCGGCGGCACUGCUAGCGGCAAGUCAACAGUGUGUGAGAAGAUCAUGGAGCUGCUGGGACAGAACGAAGUGGACCGCCGGCAGCGCAAGUUGGUCAUCCUGAGCCAGGACUGCUUCUACAAGGUUCUGACGGCCGAGCAGAAGGCCAAGGCUUUGAAGGGACAGUACAAUUUUGACCACCCAGAUGCUUUUGAUAAUGACCUGAUGCACAAGACCCUGAAAAACAUUGUCGAAGGCAAAACUGUCGAGGUCCCCACCUAUGAUUUUGUGACCCACUCAAGGUUACCAGAGACCACUGUGGUCUAUCCAGCUGACGUGGUUCUGUUCGAGGGCAUCUUGGUAUUCUACACUCAGGAGAUCCGGGACAUGUUCCAUUUGCGCCUCUUUGUGGACACAGACUCUGAUGUUAGGUUGUCUCGAAGAGUUCUCCGGGAUGUGCAACGAGGGAGGGACCUGGAGCAGAUCCUGACUCAGUACACCGCCUUUGUGAAACCAGCCUUCGAGGAGUUCUGUCUGCCGACCAAGAAGUACGCUGAUGUGAUCAUCCCUCGAGGGGUUGACAAUAUGGUGGCCAUCAACCUGAUCGUACAACAUAUCCAGGACAUCCUCAACGGUGACCUGUGCAAGCGGCACCGAGGCGGGCCCAAUGGGCGCAACCACAAGAGGACCUUCCCUGAGCCAGGAGAUCACCCUGGGGUGUUGGCUACUGGCAAGCGCUCACACCUGGAGUCUAGCAGCAGACCCCAUUGAGGACCAGCCUAUGUAGGUUCCCCACAAACCCAUGAUUGAGAGGGCCUGGGGACAACCACUGGCUCCUAAAAGCAUAGUCAGGGAUUGCUAUCAGUGGGAUCUAGGGGUGGCAUCAGGACCAAAGCCUUCCUUGUAUGGGAGGGCAGACUCAUGCUGACAGAGGAUUCUGGUGUUCUCUGCUUCCUCUCAUUGGAGGUAGCCACAGGUCUCUGGGUCUCUGUCCCAAACAGCAUAGUAAGCCCAUGGUGCCAGCUUCCCGAGGGAUGCAGGACACAUAAUUGGGACAACAGAGGAAACAGCCCAGGCACAGGCUGGCCUGGUGUGACAGUGAGCCCCAGGGAAGUGCUUCCCAGUAUGAUGUGGUUCGUGGCCAUGUUGCAGAAGUUUGCAGAGAUGUUAGAUAUCCUUGUUUGUUUUGUGGCAGGCUGUUUGUGACCUCUGAACCUAGUUUUAUAACCUACCACUGGGCUACGGUCCAGUCUAAGGAGCCUAAGGGGCUGUCUGUGUACAGGUCACUUGGGUACAGUUCAUGGCUAGCAUGCCAGGGCAGGCUCUCUCUAGCCAGGGGAGCACUGGCGUGCAGAGGCAGGUGACCGUGGCUGCCUAAAGCCAGCCAGUUUCCUGCACACCGACCUCAAGCUCCUGGCUUCACAAAUGCUCCCUUCUGUGUUGUCAAGUUUGUCUUCCCUCCCAUGGGACGGCUGUUUUUGGAAGUGUCCUUUGCUAUUGCCACAAGCCAUGGCACGGGACUUCUCAUUUCGUGUUAAAUAUGACCGUGGUUCUCACGACAGCGGCUGAGCUGUGUUGAGCUCAGGAGCUGGUUUCUGUUAGUGCUGUGCUGGUUUUGUUGAACUGAAACCCCUCUUUGGAGGGAGAAUCAAUAAAUACCAUAAAAAAC